AUGACCGCUGCACUUAGGAUGCUUGCUUAUGGAGUAGCAGCUGAUUUUAUUGAUGAAUAUGUGAGAAUAGUAGAAACCACUGCAAUAACCAAUUUGAAAAAAUUUGUUACAGUAGUGGUUGCUAUUUUUUCAGAGGAAUACUUGAGGUCACCAAACAAUGAAAACAUCGCUAGAUUGUUAGCCCAUGGCCAAAAUCGUGGAUUUCCAGGCAUGUUGGGAAGUAUUGAUUGCAUGCAUAGGAAAUGGAAAAAUUGUCUAACUGCAUGGAAAGGGAUGUAUUGUGGUCAUAUUCGUGAGCCAAGUAUUAUUUUGGAAGCAGUGGCUUCAUAUGAUCUUUGGAUAUGGCACUCAUUUUUUGGGUUACCUAGGUCAAAUAAUGAUAUUAACGUGUUGGAGCGGUCUCAUGUAUUUUUUGAGCUUGCACAAGGACGUGCUCCUGCAAUUAAUUACUCAAUCAAUGGUCAUGAUUACACAAUGGGAUACAAUCUUGCUGAUGGCAUAUAUCCACAAUGGUCGACAUUUGUGAAGACAAUCCCAAGGCCACUAGGAGUAAAAAUAAAAUUAUUUACAAAAACUCAGGAGGCAUAUAGGAAGGAUGUAAAGCAUGCAUUUGGAGUGCUUCAAGCACGAUUUGCAAUUGUACGUGGACCUGCAUGGUUUUUCUAUCAUGAAACACUACAAGACAUUAUGAAAGCAUGCAUAAUUCUUCAUAACCUGAUUAUUGAAAAUGAGCGAGAUGAAGCUGAAGCAGUGGACUUAGAUUAUGAACAAAUUGAUGAGAUUUCAUGUACACCAAUGUCACGUGAGCCAACAAAUGAAUUUACGGAGUUCAUUCAAACUCAGUAUCUUUUUGAGUUCUUGGUUUCUGGAGAGGUGUUUUUUGAUCUGUUUGAGUUCUUUGAUAAGGAGACAGCUUCUUUUGCCCAUUUGCUCUCACUCAGUGACAGUUUUCAGAAUUUUGUCAUGCUGUAUGUGGCUGAUGUGGUUGGAUCACAUGUGGUUGGAUCAUUUGACAUUGAGGUGUAA